GCGUCAGCGGCUGUGUUCGGGGGCAGUCGCAGCCCCAGAGAUGGCAGUGAGCGAGAGGAGGGGGCUCAGCGGCGAGAGCCCAGCGCAGUGUCGAUGGGAAUACUUGUCGCUGCUGGUGCUGAUGCUGAGCGGCUGCUCAGGCCGUAUCCACCGGCUGACUCUCACAGGGGAGAAGCGAGCUGACAUCCAACUGAACAGCUUUGGAUUCUACACCAAUGGUUCCCUGGAAGUAGAGCUGAGCUUACUGCGACUCAGCCUCCAGGAGACAGAAGACAAGUUUCCAAAGGUGGGAUUCAGCUUGAGCCGAGUUCGGUCCGGCAGUGUUCGCUCCUACUCGAGCCGGAAUUCCCAUGAAUGCCCUCUGGAGAGAAACAGCAGCAACUUCCUGGUCCUGUUCCUCAUCAAUAUCAAGGACCUGCAGGUCCAAGUCCGAAAAUAUGGGGAACAGAAGUUGUUCAUCUCCCCUGGCCUCCUCCCUGAAGCUCCCUCCCAGUCAGGUCCCCCGAAGCCAGACCCAACAGGCACCCCCAAGGACAACCAUGUCAUUCACCCAUCUCCGGCAAAGAUGUCUGCAGUCAAGGAAGAUCAGGCAAAGCUUAUGGUGCCCCAGGUUUCCGGGGAUAAAGCUCUCCCAGCGGGACACAGGCACUCAUCUGAUGGCCAGCCACAAAGCCAGCCACCCACACGGGGGCCCAGUGGGAAGGAGAAGGAGCUGGUGUUGGGACUGGGCCACCUCAAUGACUCCUACAACUUCAGCGUGAGUGUCUGUCCUCAUGUCCCCACCUCCCCCGAACCAGAUCGCGGCUCAGGAACCCUCCAGACUGACGCCCCCUCUCCCCAUGACCAGUUCCACAUUGUGAUCGGCUCCAGGGCUGAGGAAGGCCAGUACAGCCUCAACUUCCACAACUGUUACAACGCAAUACCAGGCCAGGAGCAGCCGUUCGACCUCACUGUAAUGAUCAGAGAGAAGAAUCCAGAAGGCUUCCUGUCAGCAGCUGAAAUCCCCCUCUUCAAACUCUAUCUAAUCAUGUCUGCCUGCUUCCUGGCCGCCGGCAUCUUCUGGGUGUCCGUGCUCUGCAAGAACACUGAAUGCUCUCCACCCCAUUCUCCCUCUGGCAGGUACAGUGUCUUUAAGAUCCACUGGCUCAUGGCAGCCCUGGCAUUCACGAAGAGUGUCUCCCUACUCUUCCACAGCAUCAACUACUACUUCAUCAACAGCCAGGGCCACCCCAUCGAAGGCCUCGCCGUCAUGCAUUACAUCACUCACCUGCUGAAGGGCGCCCUUCUCUUCAUCACCAUUGCCCUGAUCGGCUCGGGCUGGGCCUUUGUGAAGUAUAUGCUGUCGGACAAGGAGAAGAAGAUUUUUGGGAUCGUGAUUCCCCUGCAGGUCCUGGCUAAUGUAGCAUACAUUGUCAUCGAGUCCCGUGAGGAGGGCGCCAGCGACUACGGACUCUGGAAGGAGAUCUUGUUCCUGGUGGAUCUCAUCUGCUGUGGUGCCAUCCUCUUCCCAGUGGUCUGGUCCAUCCGGCAUCUACAGGACGCGUCUGGCACUGACGGGAAGGUGGCAGUGAACCUGGCCAAGCUGAAGCUGUUCCGACAUUACUACGUCAUGGUCAUCUGCUAUAUCUACUUUACGCGCAUCAUCGCCAUUCUGCUUCGAGUGGCGGUGCCCUUCCAGUGGCAGUGGCUGUACCAGCUCUUGGUGGAGAGUUCCACCCUGGCCUUCUUCGUGCUCACCGGCUACAAGUUCCAGCCGGCCGGGGACAACCCAUACCUGCAGCUGCCACAGCAGGAGGAUGAGGAGGACGUACAGAUGGAGCAAGUGAUGACAGACUCUGGGUUCCGGGAAGGCCUGUCCAAAGUUAACAAGACAGCCAGUGGCCGGGAGCUGUUGUGACUUCCCCGUGUUCAGAGAUCCACCUUCAGACCUUCUGCACCUCGCUCCGCUACACUUGUCCCCAAGUGUGCAGGGAGUCCGAGAGGAAGCUGCUCACAGGGCACCAGGGCAUGGAUUCCCAGGGAGCUUUUCAGAAAAGAUGCCCUUCUCCCAGCACCACCGCCCUCUCCUCGCCGGGGUACCCUUCAGCCUCUUGUACAAUAAGGACCAGUCUCUUUUUAUUUCUUACGUCUCCUGACUUUGAGCGUUCUGAGUGUCUAAGGCAGUCUGCAUUUAUAAUCUUGAACCCUGAAUUCCAGUCCACAUGGUGGCUCUGGAGAGCCUGGGCUUCAUAAAACUUUGAUCAGUAAACAAAUAAAGAGAAAGCAGAAUUCUCAGUGA